GCCAUGGAGUGCAGAGACAAAGCGGCCGUCCCUCCGCGGAAGCUCGUGCAAGCUCGGUUGCCGUUCAAGCGCCUGAACCCUGUACCAAAGGACAAAUACGAGAUGGAUUCAGAAGUCAAAAAAGGGAAGAGCUCACCUAGUGGCUUUGUUCCAAGUAAGGAUUCCUCCCUGGAUACAUCACAUACAUCCCUGGACAACCUGGAGAAUGACUGCCAGUUGGAUUCAGAUGUUAAUUUUACUCCGAAACUCGUGAAUAGGAAAGGUCCCUUAGACCAUUUCAUUCAGAAAAACACAAAAGGGAACAGAGAUGAUGACACUGUCAUUGUGAUUGGCCUGAGACAGGACUCUGGCCACAGACUAAGUGAUGGCACAGACCACAGAGAUUUUGACUCCAAAGCAUCUUCAUCCCUAGCUGUGACUAAUGGCAUGUUGGGAAAGGAGCUAAACCAGUUGAGUUGCCUCAAUCCCGUCCCUAGUAACCAAGGGGAUGAUGAUUCAAUGGAGACUGAUGUGCCAUGUGAAGCUGGAGGGAAUAAAGAUGAGGGUUUGGCUGGUGGAAUCCAGUCACCUUCCAGGUUAAUGAAAUGUAACAACCUGGAAACCCCAAAGGCAAAGCAGAGCCAACUGAAGGAUGUCAUCUUUGAGGGGAAGAUGCCUGUGGUGCUCCUGGAGGACAUUAUGGCUGCAAAAUCUCCCCAGGGUGCUUCUCUGGAUGGAAGCAUCACAUCUGGAAAUGAGACCAUGGAAUCAUCCCAUGAAGGAGACUCUGGGCUUAGCAACUCCUCGCUGAGCACUCGCUCUGUGAGCUCCCCCGAGGUGCAGCCUGCUGCAGAAACAAAGAGGAAUUCCAGUCCCUUAGCUGCCUCCACUCCUGUUAGGAAGGUGUCUCAGAAACUCCCCAAAAGCUUGGCAGAGAAGGAGAAGCUGAGAUUGCAAAGAGACCAGGAGCGAGCAGACAAGCUGCAGAAGCUGCAAGCAGAGAGGGAGGAGAAGGGAAGGCUGAAAGAAGAAGCAAAAGCAGCAAAAGAGCGAGCCAAAGAAGAGGCCAAGAAGAAGAAAGAGGAGGAGAAAGAGUUGAAAGAGAAAGAAAGGAGAGAAAAGAAAGAAAAAGAAGAGAAGGAAAAAGCUGAGAAGCUGCGAGUGAAGGAGGAGAAGCGCAAGGAGAGGCAGGAGGCUUUAGAGGCAAAACUUGAAGAGAAGAGAAAGAAAGAAGAGGAGAAACGGUUAAGAGAGGAGGAAAAGCGAAUUAAUGCUCAGAAGGCAGAGAUCACAAGGUUCUUCCAGAAACCAAAGACUCCCCAAGCCCCAAAGAUUCUUGCUGGCUCCUGUGGGAAGUUUGCUCCUUUUGAAAUCAAGGAGAACAUGGUCUUAGCUCCCCUCUCUAGGAUUGCCCUGGAUCCAGACUUCCUGGAGCAGGUGGAUAAGCUCCUGCACAGCCAGGGCAGUGAAGCCUCCUUCCUGAGGGAGCUGAAGUGUCGGAAGCCACGGAAGACUGGACCUACUUUUGUCAGCAACAGCACUGGCACAGUCAACAGUGAUGUGGUGGUGGUGGACAACUGCAAACCAGAUGCUGUGCCAGAAAGGGGCAAGUUUGGCAGGAUGAAGCUUCUGCAGUUCUGUGAAAAUCACCGUCCUGCCUACUGGGGCACAUGGAACAAGAAAACCUCCCUGAUCCAUCCCAGGAACCCUUGGUCCAAGGACAGUAAACUUCUGGACUAUGAAGUAGAUAGUGAUGAAGAGUGGGAAGAGGAGGAACCUGGAGAAAGUCUCUCCCACAGUGAAGGGGAUGAUGAAGAGGAGGGAGAGGAUGAAGAUGAUGAUGAUGGUUUUUUUGUACCCCAUGGGUACCUAUCUGAAGAUGAAGGAGUGACAGAAGAGUGUGAUCCAGAGAACCAGAAGGUUCGCCAGAAGCUGAAGGCAAAGGAGUGGGAUGAGCUGAUGGCCAAGGGGAAGAGGUUCCACAUCCUACAGCCUGUGAAAAUUGGCUGCAUCUGGGAGAGUGCAGGGAAUGACCAUGGCACAAACACAGACCUGAAGGUUCUCCAGCAAUUCACAGCCUGUGUCCUGGAUUCCCCUGUGGCAGAGGAGGAGCAGCAGAUCCAGAAAUGUGGCAAAAAAAGAGCAAAAGAUCAGCAAAUCCUGGGCCAGCUUCUGCCUCUGCUGCACGGCAAUGUGAACGGAAGCAAAGUGAUCAUCCAGGAAUUCCAGGAAUGCUGCCGGCAAGGACUCUUCAGUGAGGUGACCUCAGCCACUGACUGUGCUGACAGCAGCCCUGCCAGCCCCCACCCUUCCAGGCCCCAGACCCCAGUGGGUGAGGACAACAGGGUCCCUUCCAAAGCCAGGCUAAAGAGAAUCAUCUCUGAGAACUCUGUGUACGAGAAGAGGCCUGAGUACAGGAUGUGCUGGUACGUCCACCCCCAGGUGCUGAAGAGCUUUCAGCAGGAGCAUCUCCCUGUCCCUUGUCAGUGGAACUACAUCACCCAAGUGCCUUCCUCAGGGAAGGAGGAGGGUGGCAGCCUGCCAGGCGUGGUGGCCCUGCAGACCACCCCCGUGGUGGUGAAGAGGAAGGCCACCAGGAGCAUGUCCAUCACGAAAUUCAUGAAGAGGCCUCGAGAUGUAGGCCAGGCUGCAGAGAUGGAUGGAUUUCAGGCAGACACUGAGGAAGAUGAGGAAGAUGAUGACUGCAUGAUUGUGGAUGUACAGCCAGGCAAAGGUGGGGACAAGCCAUAG